AUGGCAGUGAGAAGAGCCCUGGUUAUAUUGGCCCAUGAGGAGAAGACAUCCUUCAACUAUGCCAUGAAGGAGGCUGCCGUAGAUGUUCUGAAGAAGAAAGGAUGGGAGGUGGCUGAAUCUGACCUAUAUGCUAUGAACUUUAACCCCGUUGCUUCCAGAAAGGAUGUCACAGGUAAGCUGAAGGACCCCCAAAACUUUCAGUAUGCUUUUGAGACAGCUCUUGCCCAUAAAGAAGGCCGCCUGAGCCCAGACAUCGUGGCUGAACAGAAAAAGCUGGAAGCUGCGGACCUCUUGAUAUUUCAGUUCCCUCUGUAUUGGUUUGGAGUGCCUGCCAUUAUGAAAGGCUGGUUUGAGCGAGUGUUCGUGCGGGAAUUCGCCUAUACAUAUGCCACCAUGUAUGACCACGGUCCUUUCCGGAAUAAGAAGGCCUUGCUUUCCUUCACCACUGGGAGUAACGACUCCAUGUACUCUGUUACCGGCGUCCACGGGGACAUAAACAUCACCCUCUGGCCACUUCAGAGUGGCAUUCUGCAUUUCUGUGGCUUCCAGGUCUUGGAACCACAGGUGGUGUACAGCAUUAGCCAUACCCCACCAGAUACCCGGAAGCAGAUUCUGGAAGGGUGGAAGAAGCGCCUGGAGACUAUCUGGGAUGAGAAGCCACUCUACUUUACUCCAAGCAGCAUGUUUGACCUCAACUUCCAGGCGGGAUUCGUACUGAAAAAAGAGGUUCAAGAGGAGCAGAAAAAGAACAAAAUUGGCCUUUCUGUGGGCCAUCACUUGGGCAAAUCCAUUCCAGCUGACGACCAGACCAAAGCUAGAAAAUAAGAUAUUUUUUCUAACAUAAAUAAAUGAACACACAAGGACAUGGUGGUGCAGACCUUUAAGCUCUUCAAUACUUAAAACAACAGCCCACUACUGAGCCAGAGAGAUGGCUCUGCUGGCAGUUAAGAGCACUUGAUGCUCUUGUUCAGGACCUGCGGUUCAGCUUCCAGCCGC